CGGAGCACUGGCAGAGCACGCACACACGCGGGGGGAAAGGAACACGAAUUGCUCGGAAGGGCUUAAGACUUUGUGAAAAAGAUGUUUCCUUUAAAGGACACUGUGAUGGGUGCCUCCACCUUCUUUGCCUCAGCUCUGCCACACGAUGUCUGUGGAAGUAAUGGCCUCCCUCUAACACCUAACUCCAUAAAAAUUCUGGGCAGAUUUCAAAUCCUUAAAACAAUCACCCAUCCCAGACUUUGCCAGUACGUUGACAUUACCAGAGGUAAACAUGAGAGACUGGUUGUGGCAGCUGAACAUUGUGAGAAGAGUCUGGAAGAUUUGCUACGAGAAAGCAAGCCUGUCAGUUCUUCAAGGAUCUUAUGCAUAGCAUAUGAGGUUUUGCAAGGUUUGCAAUACAUGAAUAAGCAUGGAAUGGUCCACCGAGCACUCUCCCCUUGCAAUAUUCUUUUGGAUCGAAAGGGGCAUGUGAAAUUGGCUAAAUUUGGACUCUACCACAUGACUGCUCAAGGUGUUGAUGUUGAUUUUCCUAUAGGGUACCCAUCAUAUCUGGCACCUGAAGUAAUUGCACAGGGAGUAGGCAAACCAAGUGAUCACACCCAGUGUGAGAAGCCUCUGCCUUCUGGCCCUAAAUCAGAUCUGUGGUCUCUUGGCAUAAUAUUAUUUGAGCUGUGUGUGGGGAGAAAGUUAUUUCAGAGUUUGGAGAUAGCAGAAAGAUUGAAGUUUAUACUUAUGUUAGGCUGUGUAGAUGAUAUUGUAACUGUGUUGGCUGAAGAACAUGGUUGUCUUGAUAUUAUUAAGGACCUUUCUGAAAAUAUCAUAGCUCUACUGAAGAAAUGCCUUACGUUCCAGCCUUCUAAGAGGCCAACUCCAGAGGAAUUGCUACAUGACAGUUUGUUCAGUGAAGUAUCCUCACUAUAUCCUCCCUUCCACAAACCUGCUGGUCUGUUCUCAUCUUCUCCAAGGUGUGCCAAUUUAACACUACCUGAAGACAUAAGUCAAUUAUGUAAAGAUGAAGAUAAUGAUUAUCUAGCAGAAAGAUCAGUUGAAGAGGUUUAUUAUCUCUGGUGUUUGGCUGGAGGAGACUUGGAGAAAGAACUUGUCAACAAGGAAAUAAUUCGAUCAAAGCCACCUGUCUGCACGCUUCCCAACUUUUUAUUAGAAGAUGGUGAGAGCUUUGGGCAAGGACGGGAUAGAAGUUCCCUCCUAGAUGACACAACUGUGACUUUGCCACUGUGCCAGCUCCGAAAUAGACUGAAGGAUGUUGGUGGAGAAGCAUUUUAUCCAUUGCUUGAAGAUGACCAGCCAGCUUUACCUCAUUCCAACAGUAGCAAUGAGCUCUCUGCAGCUGCUACUCUUCCUCUGAUCAUCCGGGAGAGGGACACAGAGUACCAGCUAAACAGAAUUGUCCUGUUUGACAGGCUGUUGAAGGCCUACCCAUACAAGAAAAACCAAAUUUGGAAAGAAGCCAGGAUUGACAUUCCUCCCCUUCUGAGAGGCAUAACCUGGGCUGCCUUGUUGGGUGUUGAGGGUGCCAUAGAAGCAAAAUAUGAUGCCAUUGAUAAAGACACACCAAUUCCUACAGACAGACAAAUUGAAGUUGAUAUUCCUCGUUGCCAUCAGUAUGAUGAACUGCUGUCAUCACCGGAGGGUCAUGCAAAGUUCAGACGUGUAUUGAAGGCCUGGGUUGUUUCCCAUCCUAAUUUGGUGUACUGGCAGGGCCUUGACUCUCUUUGUGCACCAUUUCUGUACUUGAAUUUUAACAAUGAAGCUCUGGCAUAUGCCUGCAUGUCUGCUUUUAUUCCAAAGUAUUUGUAUAACUUCUUUCUGAAGGAUAAUUCUCAUGUUAUUCAAGAGUACCUGACGGUGUUUUCCCAGAUGAUUGCAUUCCAUGAUCCAGAGCUGAGUAACCACCUCAAUGAAAUUGGGUUUAUUCCAGAUCUUUAUGCGAUUCCUUGGUUUCUUACAAUGUUUACACAUGUCUUUCCUUUGCACAAAAUUUUUCACUUGUGGGAUACAUUACUGCUUGGAAAUUCCUCCUUCCCAUUCUGUAUUGGAGUUGCCAUACUUCAACAGCUGAGGGAUCGUCUUCUGGCUAAUGGAUUCAAUGAGUGCAUUCUCCUUUUUUCAGACUUGCCAGGUACAGAAAAUACUCUUUCUUCCUUUUUUUCUCUGUCUUCCCCA